UGAUUCGUAUUUCCUUUCCGCCGCAGUGUGUUAGCAGCUAGCCGUGCUUGUCCAUGAGUAGUUUUUAAACAUGAUGAGCGGCAGGACGAGCGCGAUGGUUGCGGGCAUGUGUGGGGCCCUGUUCGUCGCAUACUGUAUUUAUUUUGACAGAAAGAGACGGAGCGACCCUCUGUUUAAAGAGAAGCUUCGUGAACGUAGAAGAAAACAAAAAGCGUCAGGCGAGAAGUCCGGCAUGGCAAAGCUGCCUGACCUGAAGGACGCAGAAGCUGUUCAGAAGUUCUUUUUGGAAGAAAUCCAGCUGGGAGAAGAGUUGCUGUCACAAGGUGAAUUUGAAAAAGGUGUCGACCACCUGACCAACGCGAUUGCAGUGUGCGGUCAGCCUCAGCAGCUGUUGCAAGUCCUCCAGCAGACGCUGCCUCCCCCCGUCUUCCAGAUGUUGCUCACUAAACUGCCCACGAUCAGCCAGCGAAUCAUCAGCUCCCAGGCUUUAUCAGAGGAUGACGUUGAAUGAAGGUGCAGACGAGUGGGAGACAGAAAACUGCUUUUACUUCUCCUUAAAAAGGUUUAACAGUGAUUUAUGGCAGCAUUGUUCAUUAGGGACGGUUGUGAAUAAUCAGCCCAAAUAUGGCAUACUUUAUGAUAUUCUGGAGGUUAAAGGAACUCUGAGGUUGGUCUCACCUCACUCGCAUCAGAUGUUGUGUUUUCUAGUCAUUUUGUUGUUUUCCUCAAUAUUUGUUUUUCUUUUUGAGCAUCCUGGCAAUAGUAAUAUAUUAAAUUACCGUAGACAAUUUGUUGUAAGUUUCUGUGAGUAUAACAUUAAAUUUGUCUACAGAUUAAAUUGUCUACACACGCGUUAAGUUCUGUAAAAAUGCAUUUGCAUUGUUGGUUUAAUGUUAUUUUUAUAUUCUAGACUGUCGCCUAUUUGUGUAAAACUCCAUAAUAAAACAUUCAAACAUG